AUGGCCGCUGUCACGCCUCAGCCUCCCGCGUAUGGCAAUGACAAGAUCGACGAGGGCAAACACGGCUCUGUGCCGCCUAGUCUGGAAGAAGAAGGUGUUCUUAAACAUGGAGACGUUCACGAUGCCUUUGGUAACGAGGAAUUUGCCGAGAUCAAGUACAAGACUCUCACAUGGUGGCAAUGUGGUCUGCUCAUGAUCUGCGAGUCGGUCUCGCUUGGUGUGCUGUCCCUGCCUACCGCCAUCGCCACGCUGGGAAUGGUUCCUGGUGUCAUUCUUAUUGUUGGUCUUGGUCUUUUGGCCACUUACACCGGAUAUAACAUUGGUCUCAUGCGUGAACGGUACCCGCACAUUCAAAAUCUGGCUGAUGCGGGAGAGAUCUUGUUCGGUCCCUUUGGCCGCGAGCUCUUCGGUACUGGCCAGUUCCUGUUCUGUAUCUUCGUCAUGGGAAGUCACAUCCUGACGUUCCGUGUGAUGAUGAACACCAUCACCGACCACGGUACUUGCUCUAUCGUGUUCAGUCUGGUGGGCAUGCUGCUCUCGCUUGCCCUCUCGGUUCCCCGUACCAUGCGCGGCAUGACUUGGAUCUCCUUCUUCUCCUUCCUCUCCAUCUUCAGUGCGGUUUUGAUCACCAUGAUCUCCGUUGGAGUACAAGAGCACCCCGGCCGUAUCGUCGAAGCCACCGUCCAGACCAACCUUUACACCGGCUUUCAGGCGGUCUCCAACAUCGUCUUCGCCUACUGUGCCCACGUUGCUUUCUUCGGCCUGAUCGCUGAGAUGGAGAAGCCCCAGGAUUUCAAGAAAUCUCUGUUCAUGCUGCAGGGCUUUGAGAUCUGCCUGUAUCUCACCGCUGCGGUGGUCAUCUACUUCUUCGUCGGCAAGGGCGUCAAUUCCCCCGCCUUGAUCUCGGCCGGUCCGCUCAUGAAGAAGGUCGCCUUCGGCAUUGCCAUCCCCACCAUCGUCGGCGCGGGCGUCGUCAACGGUCACAUCGGUCUCAAGUACAUCUACUUCCGCCUCACUGCCAAGUCGGACCUGAUGCACCAGAACAACUGGAAGUCCGUUGGUCUCUGGCUCGGUCUCGGUGUGACCUGCUGGGUCGUUGCCUGGAUCAUUGCCGAGGCCAUCCCCGUCUUCCAAGACCUGAACGGUCUCAUCAGUGCCCUGUUCGCCUCGUGGUUCAGCUACGGUCUCUCUGGCGUGUACUGGCUGCACUUGAACGCCGGCCAGUGGUUCGUCUCGCCUCGCAAGAUUGCCUUGACGGUGCUGAACUUUAGCAUUAUCAUCUUCGGAGCCGCUCUCUGUGGACUGGGCCUGUAUGCCUCGGGCACGGCCAUCCACAACGACACGGGCAGCUCUCCCUUCAGCUGUUCUUCUACCUGA